CAAUUGGUACUUUGUUUUAUCACCGUUCUGAUCUUCUAUUGUCAACGAGCAUUUGAAGCUAAUGACAAAGAUUCAAGUAACACUUCCCUGGCCCCCAGUUCGACGGGACGACGAUCUCAGCAGUUGCAACCUUAUUGGGUGGAUGGUUCAGUUUAUCGAAAUAGAGCACAGAAGCAUUAUGACGAUUACCACUUAGCUGCACCAGUGGCACAGCUUUCUGACAGCGGAGUAAUACGGCAAGUCCCGGAACCUUCUCAAAUGGCGCACUGUCGAACCGUAGUCGCCUACUUUACUUGCUUCUGCCACCGCCGUAUUUUUAAUAUGUCCAGCGUGGCAGUGUUCUCGAAUGGUGUGAAACGAAUCCAAUUUAGGUCCGACUAA